GAGAGCAGCCUCCAGUGGCCAAUGGACUCGCGCGGCGGAGGGCGAAGGGCAGGCCGGCGCCGCCGUAGACGCUGGGGACGCUAGCUCACUCUCUCCUUUUGACGCUGUCAAGUGAUGCUGUUUGGAAAAAUUUCCCGGCAGUUCUGUGGCUUAAAGAAACUCCCAAGGUCACGUGACUCCCGAUACUUCUGGGGCUGGUUGAAUGCAGUGUUUAAUAAAGUGGACCAUGAACGCAUCCGGGAUGUUGGCCCUGACAGGGCGGCGUCCGAGUGGCUGCUGCGCUGUGGGGCUGUGGUGCGCUACCACGGCCAGGAGAGGUGGCAGAAGGAUUACAACCACCUCCCAACAGGCCCCCUGGACAAAUACAAGAUCCAGGCAAUUGAUGCCACUGAUUCUUGUAUCAUGAGCAUUGGAUUUGAUCACAUGGAAGGCCUACAGCAUGUUGAAAAAAUAAGGCUAUGCAAGUGUCACUAUAUUGAGGAUGACUGUUUGAAGAGACUUAGUCAACUUGAAAAUUUACAAAAAAGCAUGUUGGAAAUGGAAAUAAUUUCAUGUGGGAAUAUCACAGACAAAGGUAUCAUUGCUUUGCAUCAUUUAAGAAACCUCAAGUAUUUGUUUUUAAGUGAUCUUCCUGGCGUAAAAGAAAAAGAAAAAAUUGUCCAAGCCUUUAAAACAUCACUGCCUUCUCUGGAACUAAAAUUAGACUUGAAGUAAAAUAAUAAUAUUCAGUAAGUGCUUAUUUCAAUAUAAAGUAUCAUGUGCAAUUGUUGAUCCUAAACAGCAACAAAUAUUACAUAAUCAUCAACAGAACUAUAAGAAUGUUAUACUACAACAUUCUAGCAGAGUCCAUCAUGUAGAAAAUAAACAUUCAGAUGUGAUUCACUAAAGUUACUAAGUUAGAAGUGAGAAUUUAGGUACAUUAAACCAUUUUAAGAAAAAUGCAAACCAGGUACCAUUUUAAUUCUUAUAUAUUCCUUAUUUUAUAUCAAUCCUAUAUAAAUAUCUGUUGAUGUAGAUACUUAAGAGUUCUUUAAAAUGAUUUAAAUGUACAACAGAUAUUCUUUAUUUUUUAACAGUAAUUUGUUGCAUUUUACUUUAAAGUUAUUGAAGCAUGUUACUAUAAAUAUACAAUUAUGAAAAACUGAAAGCUGAAUUUCAUAUUCAUUGAUGGAGUCAAUUAUGCAAAGUAGUCAGUGGUUGCUGGGGCAUUCAUAUUGCUUCCCAGGAUUUGCAUGCAUUUGUCAUGAUCCUGCAUUCCUGUGCUCUUUAUACCAUACAUCCUUUCUCUGAAUGAACAGUUUCUGGCUAAUUUGUCUAUUUUGUAGGCUUAGUCUAGUGUCUUAUUAAAACUAGACAUAAAUACCUGGCUGGAUUUAAAUAGCUUUGCUGAUUGCAAUAGAACAGAGGAAACAAUGAUGAAGGCCAGCAGAGCUAUACUUACUUUUUGCUUAAAUUAAAAAACUGCUUCAAACAGAAAAAUUUAACAUGUCAAUUAGAAACUAAUUUGUAUUCCCUCAUAUAUGUUGGAUAGUACUUCCCAUGAGCUCAAGGGACAUCAUAAGAAGUAUAAGCACAAAUUCACUUUACAUCUAGAAAGCAGUGAUAAAGAAUAUCAUAAAUAGGUAUAAACAGAUUUUUAUUUUUACCUGCUUCAAAUGGUCCUGAUUCUAUUAUUGUUAGUUAUAUGCCAACUUGUUUGUGGAUUUCUGUAUGUUUGGUUUGAGUAUUAAUCUGUUGAAUAUAACCUUGACUGGAGAUAAUUUUAAAAUAAACACUUUCUGUGAUGCAGCAUUAAAGCAGAAAAAUGAAUUUUAGUUGUGUUAGGAACCAGUUUAUGUAAAUAGCACAUACCAUAAAUGAUAUACUGUUUACUAAUAUAAUUGCCACUGCCAUUUUAAAAAUCAGAAAAUAGUAAAUAAAAAAAUGAUAAGGAUGUAGAACAGUCUCAUGUGAAACAGUGGCGAUUCCAUGCUGAAGAAAAGAUCACAGAUAUGGUUAAAUUAAGUAUAAGCAUAUAUUUAAUAGAACUCAUUAGAAAUAAAUGACCACUUCUAUCUCAGGCUUGUGAUUACUAUGUGAUGAAGCAACUGAUUGACCACAGGUUAGUCUGGAGCUACUUUUCUACUCUGAAUGGUAUUCCUUAAAACUACUGGAUAAAUUAGGCUGUUACAGUCAUCUGCCUCGUCAGGUACACUGUUGGGGGUAAGGAAAAAAAGAAAAACACAAAA